CCCAGCGGCCGACUCCUGAUGGAAGAAAAGAUGUGGAGUGGGCUGCUACCUCCUGGCCUAAAUGAAAGUGAUGUUGAGUUGAAUUCUGAAGAUGAAGCCCCAUUAGAGAACUCUGGACUUAACUUGCAGGAAGAUAAAGAAGAUGGGGCCAUUACAAAAACAGAGAUCUCAAAUUGCCAAACUGGUGGACCAAAACCUGGGGCAGAGGCAAAUGUAAAUGCAUACAAAGAGUGCCCCUCUGGAAUUCCCUUAAAUAUGUGGCAUAAAUUUCAAGAAUUGCAUAAAAAACAUGCUGAACAGAAAACCUCAACUUCAGGAUUCAGAAGGAAGAAAAGGAAACACUCCAGGAAAGGUAAAUUGAAGAAUGAGGAAGAGACUCAUAGUGAACAGACCUCAAGUGAAACCCAGUAGAAGGAGCUUACUCAGUAUUUUGGAAUCAAUGAUAGGUUUGAACCCCCUGUUAAAAAGAAAAAAGUUGACAAGUCAGGCCUUGAAAAGAGCAUAGACCAGGCUGUGGAAGAGUGGAACAUCGAGAAGGCUGAGGAACUCAGCAACCAGCUAGCUACUCGAGAGCUUGGUGUAAAAAUCGCUAAGGCGGUUGCCUGCCACAACUUUGUAAAAGACAAAAAGGAUGCUGAAAAUUCACAGGUUGCCCGAAAAAAGAAGAAACUUGCAUGGGGGUUUGAAGCAAAGAAGAGAUGGAAAACCAAGAGCAACAUGGGAUAUAUGUAGCUUGCCACAAUUCCUCAAGACGUUUGAGUCUUGACUUGGGUUUAUGCUUGAGUCUUCAACUGCUCAAUUU